GAAAUAGAAUACUUGUCUUUAUACAAUGUUUUUCUUGUUUAAAAAUUGGAUUUUAAUAGGGCUGUUUACUGAUAUUUGAUGUGGGAGUUUUGUGAGCAAGGGGUGGACAAUAGAAUUGUAAAAAUUGUGUGGUUACAUAAAUAAUGAUGAUAUUGUUUCUGGAGUGAACCCAAGAAAUUUUAAAACAGAGAUUGGAGAUACUGAAUUUUAUUUCAUUUAUUGUGAAGGAAAGUGUUUUCUGAAAUCGAAAGGAAUGUUGAAAAAGAUGAAGAUACAGAUUUCUUGAGGACAUUCUGAUGGAAUUUUAUGUUUUUAAAAUAUUUAUUCUUGUAAGAAUUUAGAAGAAAUUUAGAAUAGGGUGAUAUGCAUGUUGUAUUUAAUGCUGAACGUUUUGCAAGGAAAACUUAAAACUUUUGACAUUUGAAUUUACUAAAUGUGUUUUAACUAGAGAUCUAACCACUAAGUUAUGGUUAAUUAAGGAUUAAUACAAGUCCGCUUUAAUUAAUCAAGGUUGUGUACUGUAGCUUUUAAGAUAAAGAUUAAGGCACAGUUUGAUAUUUUUAAGGGUGCGGAAACAUGGGAUUAUAUUGAAGUAGGCUUCCGUUUAAUUUUCAGCAAAUCUUGUUAAAGGAUAAUCCCAUUGUUUUGACUGUUGUGAAUCUUGACAAUUCGGAUUGUAAUUUUUAAGGAACUGCAAAAUUUAAAAAGAGAGACCGUGAUAUAAAUAUUGUGAAAAGUUGUAAACUUUAACUGAAGCCAGAUAUUUUAUGCCUUUUGAAAUUGCUUUGAAAAUUCAUUGCGAAGUACAGAGAUGAUGACACUUUAGAUGUAUACCCAGAUAUAUCAUGAUGUAUUUUUUAUGCUGUUGCCCAAUUAAGAUGGCGGACAAAUAGUGGUUAAGUUGUAAUUUUAAACUUUGUUGUUACCUCCAACAAUGGCAAGUGUGAAAGUUGAUAGGAAUAAUAUUAAUUGUUGUACCAAGAAGAGUUUAAAGCCAAAGAUGGGAAAAUUGAUGAAAAGGAUAAAAUGUCUGAAAGAGAUCAAAGGACUUAUCAGAGAGCAGAUGACUAUAUUGGGGUAUAACAAAGGAGGUGAAUGGUGUGAAGUAAAGAACAAGGCUGGCGAGAUUGGCUGGGUACCAAGCAACUACAUUGCACCUGUAAACAGCCUGGACAAGUUCAGCUGGUACCAUGGUCAGAUUUCUAGGAAUGCUUCAGAGUAUUUAUUGAGUAGUGGUAUAAAUGGCAGUUUCCUUGUGCGGGAGAGUGAAAGUAGUCCCGGCCAGAGGUCAAUCUCCGUUAGAUAUGAGGGUCGUGUAUAUCACUACAGAAUUAGCGAAGAUUCAGAUGCAAAGGUAUAUGUGACAGUGGAUCAUAGAUUCAACACCUUAGCAGAACUUGUUCAUCACCACUCUAUACAUUCUGACGGCCUUGUAACUACAUUACUCUACCCUGCACCAAAACGUACCAAACCCACAGUGUUUGGUUUGAGCCCGGAACCGGACCGCUGGGAGAUAGAGAGAACCGAGAUUGCUAUGAAACAUAGACUCGGAGGUGGUCAGUAUGGUGAUGUAUACGAAGCGGUGUGGAAACGAUACAAUAAAACUGUCGCUGUCAAAACUCUCAAGGAAGACACCAUGGCAUUAAAAGAUUUCUUAGAAGAAGCUGGAAUUAUGAAAGCUAUGAAACAUCCAAAUCUUGUCCAGCUUUUAGGUGUCUGCACUAGGGAACCACCAUUUUAUAUUGUCACAGAGUUUAUGACUCAGGGCAAUCUGUUAGACUUUCUCCGUGGCAGAAAUAAAGAAGAUAUUGGACCAACCAUAUUGAUGUAUAUGGCAACACAGAUUGCCUCGGCAAUGGCAUAUUUAGAAGAAAAACUCUUUAUACAUAGGGAUUUAGCAGCGAGAAAUUGUCUGGUGGGAGACAGUCAUCUGGUGAAGGUUGCAGAUUUUGGUCUGGCUCGGUUGAUGAAGGAUGACACAUACACUGCUCAUGCUGGCGCCAAAUUUCCCAUCAAAUGGACAGCGCCAGAGGGACUAGCAUUCAACAGAUUCUCCACAAAAUCAGAUGUGUGGGCAUUUGGUGUAUUAUUAUGGGAGCUGGCGACAUAUGGUAUGUCCCCAUAUCCAGGAGUGGAUCUCACAGAGGUGUACCACUUGUUAGAGAGGGGGUACAGGAUGGAACGGCCCCAGGGUUGUCCAGCUCAUAUCUACCAACUUAUGAUGAGAUGUUGGCAAUGGGACCCAAAAGACAGGCCAACUUUUCAUGAUAUUUUACUGUCCCUAGAAAACAUGUUUGAUAAAACCAAUGUAAAUGAAGAAGUUGAGAAGGAGUUGGAGAAGACGGACCCAGGAAGUGGUAAGAAGGUGCGGGCCCCAAGCUCUGAAAGUAGUGAUGGUAGACAUAGUGCAGGACCUACCCCACCUGCUGGUAGAAGAGUUCUUCCCCCUGAUACUGAUUUUAGCCUUCAGCAAGUUAGUGAUAUCUUAGGACGUAAAUCUGGCGGGCGCAAAAAAGGUUCGGCACCAACGCCCCCACGUCGGACAGUUUCUGCCAUAAAAGAACAAGAGGAAAGCCCCGAAUCUGAAUUGAAAUCCAAGAUGAAAAAGCAAAAAGCUAAAAUUGAAAGUAACACUAUACCAGAAUAUCCAUUCGAGUCAAAUAACUUUGCAAAUACAAAAGAUCUGAGUGAAUUUAUUAAUGCUCCACGUAUUCCACAAAUGCCGCCAAGUCAGAAGAGUUUUCAAAGGGCAGAUAACUCUAAAGAAGGUGGCGGAGCUAAGGGCAGUGAAAUCCGAACUGGUAUGGAAGAUUCGGGUAUAUCGCGAGGAACGGGCAGUAGUGACAGUUUGAAGCAUUUAGCAAUUGACAAGUCUAAGUAUAUGAUAAAUACGGAGACUGCUACGCGAUCAACUGACACUAAAUCUCCCAGAAUGCCCCAGGGGCAGGACCCUCGAAGCAGUGGUAGAAAAUUUUCAUACCCGAUGAUUAAACAGGAAUAUAAAGCAGCUAAUGAGUCAGCUGGUACUAGGAGUGUAGACAUAGGAACUAGUACAGCUGAGGAGAGUUUACAGGUUUCAACAAGUUUUCGUGGAAAACAGUAUCCAAAGGUGCCUUUACCGCUGCCACAGUCUGCAAGUCUACGUAAGAAACGUAUAGAACGUCCAAAACUGAAUACCAGUCAUAGUAUGGACGCAGAAAGCGAGGAAAUAGUUACUGUAGGGAAAUUGGAUGUAAAUAAUGUAGCUCAGACUAUAAAUAGAUAUGGUACCAUUCCUAAGGGCGUUAGAAUUGGUGAAUAUCUUGCCUCGAUGCAAAGUGAUGCUGCUGCCCAGCAACACCGGGAAUUAUCUACGGUAGAGGAUCAUGACUCAGGAACUGAUACCGCUAGUGUUUCCUCGUGUCCUGUUUUACCUCCUAACGGUGUUCAGCAUGGCAUGGCCGGGACUGCAAGUGGGGUAGUAGGCGUGGCCUCGGUGAUAUCGGGGUCGUUAGGUGCUAGGGGGGAUAAUGAAGGAGGUGGAAUACAACAGGAAUCGAACAUAAGACCCUCUGCAGUGGUGAAAUCUCAAUCUUCCCAUGUGAUAGUAGAUAAUCCAAAAGCUCAAUAUAGCGGUCUACAGCGACAAAAAUCGGACCUUAUUCCAGGCUCUAAGCCUCCCAUUGAAGGGAGAGAAUCACCUCUUGGUGAUCAGCGACCAAAACCUAGUCCUAGAUUCUCAAGACUGUUCUUAGAUCAAACUGAAAAUGUGUUAAAAUUAGAGGAACCUGAUAAACAUACAACUCAUAGUCCUCCAGAAAGACCAGUUUCUUCCCCAAAACUUGCACAGAAAGGUCCAAAAGAGUUGUCGCAAAGUCAGUCAAGUGAGUCCACUCUUGUAAGUAGCCCCGAUUCAGUAUUUGACCCUAGAACAAGGGGAUCGAUAGAACAUAAAGUUCCGUUACGGCCUCCAUUUCAACAGAAACCUAGAUCUGGCUCUGCCGCUGAAGAUUUUCAGAGGGAGGGCGAUCCAGCUAAUGCAGCUGGAGGGGAUUCUAAUUCAAAUGCAUCAGUUUUAUCAAAAGUGGCAAAAUUUCAGCCGGUUGGAUCUGAAUUUAGCUCAUUUAGACCUUUUCAGCGCGGGGAACCGGCACGAGAUUCCUUCAAAGAUGAAAAGAACUUGAAAAUUCCACCCGAUGUACCAAACAAACCUCGUGGUCAGGAUGAUAAACCAAUUAUAAGUGGACUUAAACCAGUUGCGGCUGGUACCCCGACCUCAAACAAAUCAGUAGUAGAAAGUUUUAACAAUGGCGAAAAUGCCGACGAUGAAACUGAAAAACCAGUUACUAAGGAAACCAUAGUUAGUGCUUCAGAUAGGUUGAAAUUGUGUAUAGAUUCUUUAUCAACUGUAGGGAACAAAUCAAGUGUGAAUUUUUUGGAACUUGUCGAGGAAAUGCAAUCUUUUUACGAAAUGUGUUCUGUAUUUAUAGACAGUUUACCUCCACAUGCUAAAUUUCACACAAAAGAACUGCUGUCCCGACUGCAGUCGCAGCAACAGAAUUUGAAAACUUUUACGAGCUCCUCGCCGACUGGUGGAGGAAAAUUGCUUGGUGAUAUCCAGUCAGUGAAUAAAGAAAUCAUAGAAGUUAUACAAAGAUAAAAUACAUUAUAUUUAGAUGUUAUACUUCUUAAUGUAUUCUUUUUUUAGUUAAUUAGAGUUAAUUUUAGCUGCUAUGAAAUUUUCGUUUAAUACUGUCAUUUCCAAAAGAUACUUAGUCAAUAUGAAAUGCUGGUUUUUAUGGUAUUUCAGGACUCAAAAAAUUUGUAAGGUUGUCAGUUCUGUCAACAUAUUUUGGGUUUUCUAUGUAUUUGCAUACAGAACAGGGUAUUAGCCAUUACAGUGUAUUCCCUGUAAAAUUUUGGUGCUUGAGUUUUAUAAAAUCUAAAUUUUCUUACUGCAGGUGCUCUAUUUUCUGAAAUAAGAAUGUGAUAUUAAAUUUAUUUUAAUAUUAUUUAAUACUUUUGUAAAGUACUAGUGUUCUUUGGAAAUGACUUUAAUAAACUUAAUGCAAAUAGUGAUCUUGGAUUGUGCUGACUAUGCUAAUUAUACGUAACUCAAUGUUACUAAAUGUGAUGUAUAUUAGAAAACAAAAUGAUUGCAUAUUUAAACAUGCACAAGGUAAACUUUGAUACACUUCUAUUAACCAAAUUGUGAAAAGAAACAGUUUUUAUUUUCAAGCCUGUUAAACAGUCUCCUUUAGUUCUUGGGAAUGUGUAUAUCUCGAAAAGUGCUUUUAUAUUUGUCACAUUAAGAGGGGCCAUGUGGUCGUAAGUUCUGAAAUUUCUGUUACAGUUGAUAGUUCCAGGUGGAGUUGAGCACUGAUAGCUUGAGGUUGGCUGGCAGAGUUUUGAGUGCUCUGAACAUAAAAAUAUAAGAAGACUGGCCAGUGACCACAUAAAUUGCUCGAGUCAACCCAGAUACUUGAGUUACUGACGCCCGAGCUGCUGGUACUCGAGUUACUGAUGCCAUGGCUGUGUUUCUCUGUUAUCUAUAUCAGUUCUUAAGCCAAGGGCAAAACUUUUAUGGUUGUAACCCAUUAGCACUGGAAAAAUUAGGCUGAUUUACAUGAAAGGUUUUUUUGUUUUUUUUUGAUAGAAUACCAUUGACUAAGUGGUCCUUUUUAACAUGACAAGUCACAUGUUUUUCCUGUCAUCAAAUGACUGGAGGAUUCUGGAGAUUUUCUACUGUUUUGAUAAUGUCUGCUUGUAUGUUUUGUAACAAAUGAAAUAUGUUUGAUUUGGUUAAAAUGCUUGUGAAUCUUCAUUUCGAUAAACAUUCAGGUGUUUAAGCAAAAAAAGAAUGUUCUUCAAUAUGUGAUUUUAUAGUUGAACAAAGAACCACUUAAGAGGCUGAAAAUCUUACAUGUAUGUGAAUAUGAAAAGCUAAUCCACCAUUUAAGGUGGUUCUGCAUGUUUGAUAUACCGAAAGUUAUGGUGCGUUGUCAUUGAUCAAGAUAGCGUACAAUAAAGUCUGGCUUUUAUGGAAAUGAAAUUCAUUGUAUAAAUAAAUGGCGAUUGGAAACUAAAUUUAUGAAAACAGCUGUUACUGUCUUUAUAAAGAUAAAAUACAAAAUGCAAAAUUUUGACACAUUUAAUAUUUCCAAAUUUGCAGAUAUCUUUAUUCAUCAUUAUUUCGACAUAUUUUAGACCUUGUAUUUAUUUACGACUGAGAGAAUUAAUUGAAUUUUACAUUAAAGAAAAAUUCUUCUUUAUGAAAAUGCCAUCAAGAUUACAUCUUUCCAAUAGAAUCCAAUUAUAAAAACUUGUAUGUAGUCCAAAUUUUUCAAAUCAUUGUAACAAAAAAUCAAGCCUGACUUUCCUUAUUUGCCAGAUUUCCAAAGCAUUUUCCAAGUUAUGAAAACCCAAGGUUUAGUGAAAAUCUAUCUUGCAGAAAAAAAACCCAGAUCCAAACAUACAGAACUACAUUUACUUUUGAAAGUGCUGAAUGCAUGGGAUAACAAACCUCAGGAAGAGCAACUGAAUGACAGACAUAUUUGUAAAUUAGGCAGAAUGUAUGACAGAUAUUUUAGACGAUGUAAAAUACUAACCACUUUCAGGUUGGUAUAUAUGUCUUAAGGUUUCGUUUGUUUCCUCAGCAAAACAAAACAGUAAGCCUCUUCAUCAAACAUAAAUUUUUGAUUGGGAGAUUUGAAUGAAAUUUUGAAUCAAUAUUAGUAGUUUUUGAUAUAUUCAGGUAUAGAUCUGAAAUUCCAUUACAGUACAUUAUUAUGAUGUAAACUCAAAUAUUGUGAAAUCAUUUAAUUUCGUGGUUUUGGCCAAAAAUGUUUUAGUCCCCCCUAGAAAUCUAAUGGUUUCACAGUAUUUGAGAGAAAGAAAUGAGCAGCGCCAUGAGAAAACCAACAUAGUGGCUUUGCGACCAGCAUGGAUCCAGACCAGCCUGCGCAGUCUGGUCAGGAUCCAUGCUGUUCGCUUUCAAAGCCUAUUGCAAUUAGAGAAACUAUUAGUGAACAGCAUGGAUCCUGAUCCAUGCUGGUCGCAAAGCCACUAUGUUGGUUUUCUCAUGACGGGGCUCAAAUAAAGAUGCAGUUCAGAAGUAAGGUUUGCGAUGACAAAUUUCAGUAUUCAUAGCAGCCAGUAGCCAAAAUAGUACUUACACAGUAAUGUUUCACAUGUAAAAGUUGUUUGAAAGUUGUAUUUUUCUCCUUGAUGUGAAUUGUCUUUUCCUAUCAUCUUACAAUGUUCGCGUGUUUGAGUAACUUGAGUGAGUAACCAGAAAUUCCACUUUCCAAACUUGAAAUGUAUUUAUUAUACCAAAUGUUGAUAACAUUUUUAUGAUACUUCAUUGUGGUUGUGUGUAAAGAUAAAUAAAAAUGUGAACGUCGUGAUGUCACAUACUUAAUUUAUUUUUGUCAAAUUUUCUUUCGUAAGAAUACAAUUGUAGUGUUUUCUGAAUGUUUCAUUUAUUGCACUACUUAAAAUCGACGGGUGAGUGCAAAAAUGUUCUAAGUGAUUCUUUAUCUAUAUGUACUUAGACCACUUUGGCUCAGAUACCAAAUAGAUUAAUUCAAAGAUCAUAUCAAGAUGGUAGUAUUAAUUCUGCACUUUGGUAAAAAUAAAAAUUUUGAAUGCUAAUGCUGAUUGAUGUAAACGAAAUAACCAAAAGAACAUUUUAUACAUAAUUAUGCAAGUUUUAAGGCUACUAGUCAAGUAUAACAUCAACCUACUAGCAUAAUCAAUCCCAAACUUUAUUUGGUAAAUACAUUUGUGUUGUGAUUUUUCCAUAUUUGGAGUAAAAUUUGAAUAAAAUCAAGUGCUUUGAUAGUUGCACUUCGAUGCUGACAGUAAAGUUUCUGAUUACGAAAAAGAAAUUUCGCAAAAAGCACAUGACAUUAUGCAACUGAAAAUAAAACUAAACCAGAACUCCUAUGCUGAUAUGGGUGUUUAUAUUUCCAUGAAAUUAUUACUGUUUACAUACAGAAACUUACAGAGCUGUGUUUAAAUAUGAUUAAUAUUAAGUUUCAAAAUGUGUAAUAAAAGAAUUGCAAGCAAAGUGUCUGACUUGUGGUAGAACAAGCAGAAAUUAAAGAAACUCGUUCACACAUUUUGGAAUGAAAAUUUCUCUAAAAUAUUAGUGAAAUUUGGGUUCUGUUGGAGUGACCAGUUGUACAAAUUUAUUGACAAGAUUUGCUAAUAAAUGACCAAAAAUGUUAUGCAGACUGUAGUAAACCAUUACAAAUGCUUUUGAAAUAAUAUAGAAAAGGUUUUUGUUGUCUAUUACAGUUACUUUCUCACACUGUAUCAUUUGUUAGUGUCAUAAGUACUUCCAAUGUCAAGCUUGUUUGAAAACCACCAAAAUUGUGGUCAAGUAGCUUAAAAUUUUACUUUAUUGUGGUUGUGUGAAAAAUGGUACCAGUAGCUCCCUUGCUUGGCGCUCAGCACUAAAAGGGAAACUGGCUUCUCUUCUCUCAUACCCUCGUGGUGAUGGAUUCCAUCAGGAAUGGGGUGUCGAGAGUGAUUAAUAUAAGUUGUAGAACUUGCUUCACAAUCGACUUAAAAUGAAUUAGUAUAAACUUACCAUAUAUAGCCACUUACUGAACAUUUAAUUCUAACUUCCUGUGGAAAAGAUGGGAAGCAAGAAAAAAAUGAUAAGAACUGGGAUAUUUAUAUUGGACAAAGUAGGGGGGGGGGGGGGGGAAUUUGGUGAAUUAAAGCAAGAGUGCUUUUGUUUUUGUUUUUUCUUUUUGAGUAGUUGGACAAAUAGAUCUGAGAAAUGUUUUGUCAGUUUGAUGGGGUCUUAAUUAUAAACUGUUAUUUAAUCAUGGUGCUAAUGGUCUUCUCUAUAAAACAGGUGUAGAGUUUUUACUGUCACUGUAGAUCCCAAAAAUGAUCACAUUUGCCAUAUGUUAUGUUUUUUUUUUAUGGAAGAAUACAGCACUUUUACAGUUCUAAAAUUGGGGUGGAAGGAUGGGGUAAUGGAAAAGAUUUUGGUAAACCUAAUAAAACUUGUCACCUGGUGAAAUUAAAGGAUAAGACUAUAAAUGUACCUGAGUAUUAACAGCGAUUACUUUUACGGGUUCUCUUUGUUAGGUAAACAUUUACAUUCAUUAUUCACAUUUCUCAAAUAAAUUUCCUUCCCUUUUAAAUCUUCCUAAAUCCAUAAAGAAAAAGACAAGUUUCAUUUGUAAACAUAAUUUUUUUUUAUAUAUUAAUGAAACUUGCCUCCUAAAUUUUUUGACAGGUUAAAAUAAGGGUUUAAACAAUUUGGUUGUAUUGUGUCGCCUGAUAAGAGUGUCUAUAUAACCUUUAAAAUUCUUUCAUGUGAGGUACUGUCAUGCCAGCUUAAGGAAGGAGGGUAGCUGUGUCCAAUAGCCUGCCUGUAUCCCAGAAAUAUCCAGAAAGCACAGUGGGUUUUUCUCCAAAAACCUCCUUGACCUAAGUUCUGUCCAUUUGACAUAAAAGGAAACAAAGAUAUUUGACUAUUUAAUAUAAUUUAAUACUUAACAUAUGUUUUAAAAGCCAUUUACUUGAUCUUUUCGCUUGUCUGGUUCUUGGUUUAACAAGUCUUUCUGUGUUAACAAAGUUUACGAAUUUACAUAAUACUCACUGUUUUUGUAUGUUUGUUAUUUGUAUAAGUGUUAUCAAUUGUCUUGAAGAACUUCUUUCCUUGUUUUUAAAUCUGUAAUAUACAGUAAUAUUGUUUUAUAUCAUUUAUCUGUGUUUUACAUGUAAUAUAAUUUUAAAUAUUUAUGCAUAAAGUUAUAAUUUAUAGCUCACUUGAAUUAUGAAACUUGAGUUUGGAGACCAGUCACAAACUGUAGCCCAUUGGUCAAUUUCAAGACUGAGCUCAAAAUGAACCAAUCGGAUGUUACAGUUUUUGUGACUGGGGCCUCUGUGGCAGAGUGGUUAAGGUCUCUGACUUCAAACACUUGCCCCUCAUCGAUGUGGGUUCAAGCCUCACUCAGGGCGUUGAAUUCUUCAUGUGAGGAAGCUAUCCAGCUGGCUUAAGGAAGGUCGGUGGUUCUACCCAGGUGCCCGCCCGUGAUGAAAUAAUGCAUGGAGGGGCACCUGGGGUCUUCCUUCACCAUCAAAGCUGGAAAGUCGCCAUAUGACCUAUAAUUGUGUCGAUGCGACGUAAAACCCAACAAACAACAACAGUUUUUUUGACUGGUUUCUGACAUUGAAACAUGAAAGAAUAAGUAGAGGUCACAUGAUUAUGAAAUGUCAUUUGUACACAUCUGUCUGUGUGCCAUCUUUAAGUCUGGUAAUAUCCAUUUAAACAUCCUGUUUUAUGGUGUGCUCUCCAAGUAUUUCUGAUUGAAAUCUGUCUGAUCAGGCACUGAUUCAUUGAAGUACAGAGUCUGAAAUUUAGAAGUCAU